UAAAUUAAUGUAAACUAGUAUGUCAAACGUCCCUAAUAUCACUCUAUGUCACUAUGGACUAGGGUUGGUGCAGGUCUAUGGACUAGGGUUCGUUAUUAGUGAGCUUCAGACGUCAGCAGCUCGCCCUCGGCCUCGGGUUGUACCAAGGAGUUAAGGUGCCAGUCGAGGUUCACGUGUCUCUGCGUCGUCAAUUUAAAGACCAUUUUUAACAAUCACAGGCGUUUCUAUUCUCUUUUACACUAUGAAGUCUGGUCCUAAUAUACUUCUAACAGGAACACCAGGAGUUGGCAAAUCAACGCUGGGACAACAACUGGCCGAGCGUACUGGGCUAGAGUGGAUCAGUGUAGGAGACCUGGCCAAGGAUAAUAACUUUUUUGAUGGCUAUGAUGAUGAAAGAGAUUGUCCUAUUCUUGACGAUGACAAAGUUUUAGAUGAACUGGAGGACAUGAUUGAAGAAGGAGGCAAGAUAAUUGAUUACCAUGGAUGUGAAUUCUUCCCAGAAAGAUUUUUUGAUAUUGUCUUUGUACUGAGGACAAACAACACCAUAUUGUAUGACAGACUUGCUGCCAGAGGUUACCAGGGGAAGAAACUAGAGGAUAACGUGACGUGUGAGAUCAUGAACGUUUUGAGAGAUGAAGCCCAGGACAGUUAUGCUGAACAGUUAGUGCAUGAACUUCCUUCCAAUACUAUCGAAGACAUGGAGAACAACUUGGAGAGAAUAAUGCUGUGGCUUGCUGCAUGGAAGAGGGAUAAUGGUUGCUGAUAAGACAAUUUAUUCAAGUGUUGUGUCAUUGAUCAUCUUCCAUUCUUAGAUAAUUUAAGGCUAGUCAUAAGUCUGUGUAUUAACCCUUUGACUUUGAUCAGAAUUUUGUGAUUUUUAAGAAAAGUGAUAAUAUUAAUACCUGCACUGUAUACCUAUAAAAAUUAUUUCCACUUCA